AACUAGCCAAGAUAACAGCCAAGCCAGCCAAGCCAACCGCGUAGACGGCGGCGGUCGAGCGGACUGCUUACUGCACGUGCUCUAUGUUGUUGGGGGGCCUGGUGUUUAUGUACAAGAACAGAUCCCUUUAAGGUGCCCAAGAUGAACUUGGAGGACGAGAUCAGCCUCCCCAGAGGAGGGGUUCGACGGCCUUCUGGAGCGCAGAAACUCUACCUUGCUAAAGAUGACCUCUUCAAGUCCAGUGCUAGCGGCCUGGCCAAGAAGCCGAGCAGGAAGCGGCGGAAGAAGUCCACAAAGCAGACGGGCGACGAUGAGCAGACGUUGGUGGUAGUCGAGCCUCUGACGGUGCACACACUGGCGGAAGGCAUGGUGGUGCUGGGCUGCGUCCAGCAGGCGCACGAGUUUGGGCUCAAGGUGUCCCUCCCGGGGGCCAUCACGGGCCAGGUGGACAUCAUGCAUGUGUCGCAGCCCUACAGCACACUCCUGCGCAAGUUUGCACAAGGCGUGCAGGAGGACAAUACGGAGCUGCUUAAGCUUGGCAAAAUGUUCCGGGAGGGCCAGACUGUUGUCUGCAAGGUCAUUUCUGCCAUUCCUGAGAAAGAGGGCUCGCCGAAGGUGUGCGUCACUCUGUCCUUGGAUCCGGCGGAAGUGAACAGCUCCCUGGUGCCUUCAAUGUUGCAGACUGGAAUGGUGCUGCAGGCUGCAGUGUCCAGCGUAGAGGACCAUGGAUAUACGAUGGACUGCGGGCUGGAAGGUGUCGACGGGUUUCUUCCACGCACCGAGGCGACACAGUUCCUCAAAAAGUGCAACGAGAACAGGGCGCUCGCCGUUGGGCAGCUGGUCAGCUGUGCCGUCGUCUCGGAGACAGGAGGGGGUCGUGUCCUGCGGCUCACAGCUCGUCCAUCUGCUGUUGGCGCUGUCUACGAACCUGAGGAUUUUACUUUGCACAGCGUGGUACCUGGCCUCAAAGCUGAAUUGACUGUGCUCGAGGCACAAGAAGAGGGGCUCGUCGUGACGUGGCAAGGCGUGGAGGGCUGCGUCCACCGUAGUCACCUGGCCGGCCCGUGGGAGCUUCCGCGCGAGUACGCAAUAGGACAAAAGCUCACGGGCACCUUGCUGUACGUCCAGCCGCUCGUGCAGCAGCCAUACUUCAGCCUGAAGAGUCCCAUCGUCAAGGGACAACAACCGUUUGGAGCCCUGCGCGUGGGCGCUCUGGUGGAGGAGGCGCAGGUGACGAUGGUGGAUGCUCAUGCAGCCCACCUGCGGCUCGAGCCCUCGGGCGUGAGGGCGCUCUGCGCCAGGGCCCACCUGGCCGACGAGGAGGUCGAAGACGCCCGGGACUUCGUGGCACCCGGCGAGCAUCGCAGGUGCCGCGUCUUGGCACUGAGCUACAUGGACCGUGUGGUGGUUGUGUCUAUGAAGAAGUCCGUCCUCGAGAGUUCGUUUGUAGCAACCGAUACCCUUGUUCCGGGAACCAAGCUUGAGGGCACAGUGCAGCGGGCAGUACCGUCAGGUUUACUGAUUAGCCUGAGCCCCUGGGUUCAGGGCUUUGUCCAAACGCUGCAUGUGAGUGAUCGUCCCGGCCGCCAGCCAGAAUCUGGGGCUUCGGUGCGUUGCCGUCUGCUCCGCAUCGACCGCAGCUGUGAUCCGCCCAAGUUGUGGCUCACCUGUCGCCGGGGGCUCGUCACAUCGAGGCGUCCGAUUGUGGCCUCGUACCAAGAGGCCACCCGUGACACCGUGACGGAUGGCAUCGUGGUGCAGGCAUCGCCCAAGGGGCUGCUUGUGUCGCUGUACAACGGCGUCAAGGGUUGGGUGCCUUUACGAGAACUGACGCGCCCUGGUGUCAACCUUGAGGAACAGUUCCCUCCAGGAAAGAUAGUCGCUGUUCGUGUGGUAAACUGCAAUGCAGCUGAAGAGACUCUCACGCUGUCACUCAAGUUGUCCCCAAAAGAAAAUGCUGGCUUCGAAGUUCAGGCAGAGCAUGACCAUUCGAAGCCUGGAGUUUUGGAAGUGGGAAUGGUCCUUUCGGGCACUGUGGAAGCAAAGUUGGAAGACGGUUUUUCCGUGCGACUUCCCACAGGAACCUCUGCGGCCCUACCCAAGGAGCACCUGUCAGAUUUUGCUCCGCACUGUUGCCUCUUGCAUGACCUGCUCCCAGUGGGAACACAGCUCAACAACCUGAUGGUCUUUAGCACGCUCGGCCGUGUCGUGCUGUCUAGGAAGGCCUCUCUUGUGAAUGCCGCCCAAAAGGGACUCAUAGUUCAGCACUUGAAGAAUAUUCUGCCCGGAACACUGGUCUAUGGCGUACUGAGGGCAUUUGUGAGGCACGGAAUGCUGCUCAAUCUUCCUGCCGGAAUCAGAGGAUUCGUUCCUCUCAAGAAUGUGGCCGACGAGUUUCUGCGGGAGCCAUCCAUGUCGGGCUUCGUGGUGGGUCAGUGCCUCAGUGCCAGGGUCACCGAAGUGAUUGCCAAAAAGAACCAGUUGCGCCUCAGCACCAGCCUAAAGACCUGCGCCACGAGCCUCGACAAUCAUGCAAUGGUGCUGCUCUCUGCCCGACUCGGUGACGAUCGCCUCCUCGCCAGCCUAGACAAGGGCGGGUCAAGUCAACCUCGAACAUUCAGUCUGACCGAGGUGGUUGUGAAACGUGUGGACGCUGAGGCAGACUCUGUCUACUGUGAGACGGUGAACGGGGGCUUUCUUGCCGUGGCUGCCAAGGGCUGCCUGAAAGGUUCCAAGCUGACACCUGGAAAUGUCUUAGAAGCUAUUGUUCUUCACUGCCGGCCAGGGGGACCUAAAGUAGCAAAGGUCUGCCUUGACCCCAGCGCCGUUAGAGCCUUCAAGACAGCCAAGCAGAAACAGGUAACCCUGAGAAGCAUGCAUCGUGGCAAGGUGCUUUCUGUCGAGGAAGACUCUGCCGUGGUUCUUCUGUCUUCGGGACACCUGUGUCUGGUUCCUCGGAAGAAGCACCUGAAUGACACGCGCCUUCUGCCUCUACAGACAGGAGCUGAAGUCCAGGUUUGGGCUUGGAAGCUGUCUAAAGACGUGGUCAUCGGGGACUUCAAGCGCAACUUAGACGGCGACACAGCAGAGAACAUCUGCGAGACAGCCCCCAAUGUGCAAAAGCAGAACAGUUUGAAAGCUGCCAAAGAGGAUGUGGAGAUGGUGGAAAGUGAGACUGAGCAAGAUUCCGGAAUGGAAGAUGAGGACGUGGAGGAAAGGGCAGAGACCCAGGAGUCCACAACAGAGGAGAUGUCAGCAGAUGAAACGGUUCAAGUACCCAACUUGCCUAAAAUUGACAGAUCUCUGACCAAUGGCAAGGCUGGAGCUGACAGGUCAAAAAAACCUCGACAGGAGAGUUUGACUCCAGCGACACCAAAGAAUGGGCAGUUACACGAAGCUACUGUGGAGUCUGUGGAGAAGUUCCAGCUGAAAGUCAGCCUCAAGGGAGGCUCAAGGGGUCGUGUCCAUAUAACCAUGAUCAAAGAGCAGCCCAAAGAGGGCGAGAACCCCAUGCAAGGCUUCCAGCAAGGAGACAAACUCCGCUUGCAUAUUCUAGGCAAGACAGCGGUGCAGCACAAGAGGAUGUUGGCCAUCACAGGGCGCAAGAAUUUGACUGAGUGCAGCCUAUUUCCCCACAGAGGUGGCUGUGAAGUCCGGCCCGGUAAUACGGUGACAGGAUUCUUCUCGCACUUCUCCGAGGGCAGUCUCUUCCUGGUACUGUCCACAGACAAGAUGGCCAAGCUGCCCAUUCUGAACAUGAACCUACCGGCGGAGGAUCUGCCCUACGUUCACAAGCUGUACAAAAUAGGACAGGCUGUCCGUGCCAAAGUGCUCCGGGUGGACAAGAACACGGUUGAGCUGUCGCAGCUUGAUACAGACACAUUAGAACCUGGUAGCAAAGUGAAUGCCUGCGUGGUGAGUGUACGGACAACUUUGGGUGCCUACCUGUGCCUCCCACUGGGCCAUCGUGGUGUUAUGGGCCUCACUGAUGUCAGCGACGACUUCUCGAAAACCACGGCACUGAUGGAGAGCCACCUGCAGGCACGUUAUGUACGCUGCCGCAUCCUGACUCAAGACGAGGAAACCGGCCAAUUCCGUGUGUCCAUGCGAGAGUCUCGGCUCAACAUGGCCAGGGCUUCUGCGGUCGUGGACGUAGAAGUAGACGACUUCAACGACCUAAGCGUGGACACUUCUCUGAGAGGAUUUGUAAAAAGUGUAAACAAGUUUGGUUGCUUCGUGAACGUCGGUUACAACAUCGAUGGACUAGUACCUUUGUCAAAACUUCCUGGGGCGAUUCAGAGGAACAGGAAGAUGCUCAAAAUUGGCUCGUUAGUCAGCGUCGUCGUGAAGCACAUCCAAGCCGCCGAAAAAAAGCUCCUGUUGACGCUGAGCAACUCUGAAAUCCAAAGUCCGACAGCCCCUCGGAAACGGCGACUGUCUAGUACAUCCGAGACGGAGCCCAUCUACGACAGCACAGAGAAGAAAAGCAAGCUAGAUCCGCUGCCACGACUGAGUUUGGGCGAGGGAUUCAGCUGGGACGUGGAGGCCACUCCAAACUUGGCCAAACAUUUGGAAGACGCACCAGCUGUCCAGAGUAGCGACGACGAAGCCGAAGAACAAGGGAGCAAGCACAAGACCCGCAAGGAAAUCCAAGAGGAGAGGGAGCAAGCUGAAGCAAAGUUGCGCGAGCGGGAGCGCAGGCUGGUGGACCCCAGCCGCGAGCCCGAAACUGUGGACGACUUCGACCGACUUGUACUGGUGUCGCCCAACAGCUCUAUAGUUUGGUUGCGGUACAUGGCCUUCCACUUGCGCCAGGCAGAAAUUGAGAAAGCACGAACUGUGGCUCGGCGAGCGCUCGACUGCAUUCAGUUCAGGGAGGAGCAGGAAAAGCUGAAUGUCUGGACUGCAUUGCUCAAUCUUGAGCACCUGUAUGGUACCCAGGACUCCCUAAACGAGGUUUUCCGACAGGCACUCCAGUGCAACGAUUCACUGAAGGUGUACACACACUUGGCACAGAUCUAUGUGUCUGCCAACAAGAAUGAGCUAGCCGAAGAGCUGUACAAGCAGAUGCUCAACAAAUUCAAGCAAAACGUCGAUGUCUGGCUUGGCUUUGGUCUCUUCUAUAUCAAGUCUGGCAACGUAGAGUCCUGCAGGUCCCUACUCCAGCGAGCACUAAAGAGUUUGCCGAAGCAGGAUCAUGUUGCCAUCAUCUCCAAGUUUGCGCAGAUGGAAUUCAAGUAUGGAGAUGUCGAGAGAGGAAAGAGUAUGUUUGACAGCAUUCUAGCAAACUACCCCAAGCGCACCGACCUGUGGCUAGUCUAUGUAGACUUACUUGCAAAGCUGCCCGAUGUGGAGGGUGUUCGGAAAACCCUCGAGCGUGCCACGUCCUUAAAUCUAAACCCCAAGAAGAUGAAGCCUCUCUUCAAGAAAUGGCUAGACUUCGAGAAACAACAUGGGGACGAUACAACUUCCCAAAAAGUGCGGCAGCGUGCAGUGGAGUAUGUGGAAUGCCACACCCUUGUCAAUGAAUAAAUCGACACAUCCACAGAA